UUCAGACGGGCGAAGAAGUGGUGGUGGAACAGAUGAGUUAUUGUAUACAAUGAAUUGAGCUCCCGCGCUUUCACGUCGCCAGGCAAGGACGCGUUACAGUGAUCUCUAAUCUUCAUUUAUCACCGCAAUCGGUGACACCAGAAUUCUGCCUCCUGUCUCACCGCCACUUAGAGAGGUUUCGGCCGCCCAAUAAUGACGGCUAACCAAUCGCCACCACCGCCAUGGCCGCCGCCAGCACCGAUGAUGACCAAAUGGAUACUGCCAUCUCCCUCACCACUGCUACCACGCGAGUGCUUGCCUCCACCCAGAGCAUCCCACAAGACGCCUCGCACCCACCUGAACAACCACCAUCAACCCAGGCUGUCCACGCCUCCGACCUGGCCCACUUGCAGGUGUCCCAGCCUCUGAACCACACCGAACCACUUUCACUUACAGAGCUCAACUUCGCAUACAUAUUCCUGAAGCUUAAGGAUGAGGUUAUGUUAAAUGGGAGUUUUGUAAGCAGUUUCCUUUGCUCCCUAGGAUCAUCUAAAACAAGAAAGAAGUGUUUUCCUUUGUAGUCAGGCAGUACUGCAAGAAGUCUGAAAAUGCUAUUAAAGCUUGUCCAUCAUCAUGAAGAAUUGGAGGCCAAUCUUUUAACCUUUUCAUGUAAGCAUCAACUACAAUGCUUUCACCUCCAAAUCUUUCCCAAAGAAUAUUCAUUGCCUUUGUAUAACUGUUACCCUUGGAAUUUAAGUACAUUAGCAUUUUAAUAGCACCUUUUGCUUCACCACUUGUAUAUUUAUUUAAGCAAGCAACUUCCCUUCAUCAUUAUUAACUAGAAUUUAAAAAGGUUUCAAAAUUCCUUACUCAAACUGGAAAAUCCAUAGGAUCUCCACUAAAAAUCUCUGGUUCUAUUGGAAAGCUCCACCUGGGAUCAAACAUGAUAGUUGCAAAGUUCCCACAAAUUGGGAAGGAAUAUUGCUAGGCAUACUGACAUUAUGAGUGGGUCCAUGGGAAUAUGUUACAAAACUUUGAGCUGUAAGAUUGAGAUUCAUUAAGGGGCAUUAACAUUAAUUAUUUGUUUAUCUACAUCACCACAUAUCAUCAAUUCAUUAUCCUUAUUACAAGAGGUAGGUACCUUUAAGUCAUGGAGUGUAACAUAGUUGCAAGGCAGGGCAUCAGUACUAUGCUGAUAUGCAGUUGCCUGUGAUUUUAAUUUAUUUUGUGACUUAAUGUACUGUUCAAAGUGACUUUGCUUCCCUACACUUUUAUCAUCAUUUGGAAGCUUUUGUUCUUCCCUUUCAACUAAAUAGAAUGCAUUAAGCUCUGCCUGGAGAAUUGCUACAUCUUUCUCCCUCCUCUUCUGCUCUAUCAUUGCUUGUUUCCUUGCUAAUUCAGCUUCUGCUUUUAUUAAACUAUCAUGAUACUCCAUUUCCUUUUUAAGUCUAGCUAACUUUGCUGCUGUCUCUUUCAUUCUUCUUUGCUCAGAUGAAUGUGAAAUACAUGAUAUUCUAGAAUUUCUAGACUAUACUAGAACAAACUGAUCCCCUGUUAGCCUUCAACACUCUCUCUCUCUCUCUCUCUCUCUCUCUCUCUCUCUCUCUCUCUCUCUCUCUCUCUCUCUCUCUCUCUCUCUCUCUCUCUACAUUCUAUACUUUGUCAUAUUUCAU